AUGACAGUGGCCGCCUAUCCAAUCGGCACUCCCGGUGUUCCCUGGAGCCCAAAAGAAAAGACGGAAUGGCUGGAAUCUCGAAAGAUCCACCGAUCGUACCAAGAGGAAGUGCUUACCAAACUCCUAACUGACAUCAAGGGCUUUACGACGCAGGAGUACGGUACAUUGACGGUUGAGAAUAGAGACGAUGGCUACCCAUUAUAUGUGUCGAAAAGUAUCAACUGGGAGGCUUCGAAACCCAGCAUUUUGGUGACAGGCGGCGUCCAUGGAUAUGAGACCUCAGGAGUUCAAGGCGCUAUCCAAUUCAUCAAGACCAAAGCCCUUCAAUACAGCCAGACUUUCAAUGUGCUCGUGGUGCCUUGUGUCAGUCCUUGGGGAUACGAAUGUAUUGAGCGUUGGAACUCCAAAGCUGUCGAUCCCAACCGUUCGUUCAACCCCAAUGGCGAGGUUGUUGAAGGCAGAAGUUUUAACCCAGAACCUGCCACUCAGGAAUCCAUGGCGCUUAUUGGGUAUUUGAACGAUUUGGGUGUCAAACAAUGGAUGUGCCAUUUUGACUUGCACGAGACCACCGAUACCGACAAUACCGAGUUUCGCCCCUCCAAAGCAGCACGAGAUGGAAAAAAGAUGAACGAGGACGAGACAAUCCCCGAUGGCUUUUAUCUUGUCAGCGACAAGACCAAUCCACAAACUGAAUGGCACAAGGCCAUGAUUGACUCGGUUCGAAAAGUCACACACAUUGCCCCAGCUGAUCCAGACGGUACUCUCAUUGGAGAAGAAGUCUCCCAAGAAGGAGUCAUUGUAAUUCCAAAGCCCAGCAGCUUGGGCCUUUGUAUGGGUGUCACGAAUGCUGAGUAUGCCACCACCACCGAGGUCUAUCCAGAUUCGCCCAAAGCAACACCGGAACAGUGUAAUGACGCACAGGUGGCAUGCAUUGUGGGAGGAUUGGACUUUGUCAUUCAGGAGCGAAACUUGCAGUCUUGCUCAUCAACGGAAUGA